CUCUCUCUCUCUCUCCCCCUGCUCACACACACUGUUGCUCGCUCACACGCAGGAGUGUUUAGGGAAAAACAAAAGAGUGCGGAGCGAGAAAAGGGAAGCGCCUGUUCAUUUUCUUCUUCCUUCCUUCCCAACUUUUUCCCUGCGACGCUCGUUUUCACUCCACCACAGAGCAAUAAAGAGAGAGAGAGAGAGAGAGAGAGAGAGAGAGAGAGAGGUAGAGUUAGAGGGGAGAGGUUUUGGGGAGUUUUGAACCAUGCAGCUCUCUCAGAAACUCUGACUGCAAACCUCUCGAGAUGCCGCAGCCUGGACUGGUCUGCUUUCUGUCGUGCGUCCUCAUGGUCUUCUUCUCUUCCCCCCCGCCAGCGGAUGGACAGACGGCGGUCUCCGGGGGAGGAGGGGGGGUGGAGAGGAUCCAGGUGAUGUUCACGCCCACCAUCUGCAAGGUGCGCUGCAGCCAGGACAGAUGCGUGAACUACUGCGAGCGAGGCAACGUCACCUCGCUGUACAGCGACGGGGGAGACGGGGGAGGAGGGGGGAGGAGAGACGGCUCCCACGGACCGGGCUUCAGAGUCUUCCUCUGCCCUCUGCUCUGUAAGAACGGAGGCAUCUGCGUGCAGAAGGAUCGCUGCCUCUGCCCACCAAACUUCACCGGGAAGUUCUGCCAGAUGCCCACCGCUGUAGCCGCAGCCGCGUCGCCCUCCUCCACCAAUGAGAUCGUCAAGCCCGCGCUGCUCUCUGCCAUGGCAUCCAAUCAGGAGCUGACCCAGUCUGAGUUCCUGCUGCCGCUGGGGCGGAGCCAAGAGGCAGGGAGGCCUGCAGCUGUCGGGCCCUCCCUGGUGAAGGUGAGCGUGCAGCACCCCCCUGAGGCCAGCGUGAAGAUCCACCAGGUGCUGAAGGUGUCUGGAUUCAGUCCCACCCUCCGGACGCUCCCGUCCUCCUCGGGGUCAGCGGGCGCUCCGGCGCCGGCGCAUGGCGCGGGGGUCCAGGCCCAGACGGUGAGAGGGGACGACACGUUCAGCCAGCAGUCCGGGUUCAAGUACUGCUUCAGGGAGGUCAGAGACGGACAGUGCAGCUCUCCUCUGCCCGGGCUGAGGAGCAGGGAAACGUGCUGCAGAGGGUUCGGGAAGGCCUGGGGCAUCAGCGACUGUGUCCUCUGUCCUGAUAACACAGGUCAAAGCAACAGCAGCUGUCCUGCUGGUUUUGAGCGAGCCAAUGGGACGCAGUGUGUCGAUGUGAAUGAGUGCCUCCAUCCGGGGCUGUGUGAGAACGGGAUCUGUGUGAACACCAGGGGGAGCUAUAGCUGUGUGUGUAGGGCGGGGUUCAUCCUCGACGCCUCACAUGGAAUCUGCAUCUCCACCAGUGUGAUAUCGGAGGAGAAGGGUCAGUGUCAUCGGGUCCUGGGUUCGGGUCAGGGCCGGUCCUCCUGCUCCCUGCCCAUCCUCAGGAACAUCACCAAACAGAUCUGCUGCUGCAGCCGAGUCGGCAAAGCCUGGGGACCCGACUGCCAGAGGUGUCCCUACUUUGGUUCAGUGGCCUUUAAGGAGAUCUGUCCGGCCGGGCCUGGUUACCACUACUCAGCUUCAGCCCUGCAGUUCAACCAGAGAGUCGCGGAGCAGCUGGGGAGCCGCGGCGCUCUGCUGGUACCUCACGGGAACCAGGAUAAGCAGGGUCCUGGUUCUGGGUCCAGGUCUCAGCAGAUACCCUCUUCCUCUGGAGCCACAGCAAUGGGAGUGAGUACUUCACUGAGUUCUGCUUCCGGUGUCGGAUCCAGCGGCGGAUCAGCUGGUGCCAGCAGAACCCACAUCAGACCCAGUCUGCCCCAGCCUCAUCCUCAGCCCCGGCCGGGCGUCUCCCCGUCCGCAAGGCCCGUGCAGCCUGGCGGCUCCGGCGCCUCAGCCACCCAGGACAACGCCCAGACUCCAGGCAGAGCCGGGCCCCUACAGAACCGGCCCGACCCUGCCCCGUCGAUCACAAGGCAACCAAAACCCCAGCCUCCAUCCACCGGGAGUCAAGCAGGCGGUCGCUCCUCCCCUGUGUCCCGGCCCAAUCCGCCGGCAGAAAGAGGGGUCUCUCUCCCCGCUCCGGCCCAGCCACAGAGCCCCGAGCGUGGGUCAAGGCCCAGCGGAGAGCUCCCUCCAGCUGUCAGCCCGACGGCCAGACCGGCCCGAGUCCAGACAGUGCGAGGUGUGUGUGAGAGCAGACCCGGUGUGUGUGGCCGUGGCCGCUGUGUGGAUCAGCCCGGAGGGAAACACAGCUGUGUGUGUGAUCAGGGACACCAGCCCAACGCUCAGAACACACACUGCCAAGACUUGAACGAGUGUGUGCAGUCUCCAGGUGUGUGUGCAGUAGGACAGUGUGUGAACACCGUGGGGAGCUACAGGUGUGCGUGUCCGUCCGGAUACCGGAGUGGCAGCCAGCAGACCAGUUGCCAAGACAUCGACGAGUGUCUGCAGAACCCCUGCAGCGACGGUCGCUGUGACAACACGCCGGGCAGCUACAGGUGUGUCUGUCGCCUUGGUUACAGGCUCAGAGGAAACACCUGCACAGAUGUGGACGAGUGUGAGGACUCUCUGCAGUGUCCCGGUCAGGAGUGUGUCAACAGCCAGGGCUCGUACCGCUGCGUGUCGUGUCGGCCGGGCUUCACCCUGAUCAACAGGCUCUGUGCAGACAUCGACGAGUGUCGCCAGGCGGUGUGCACCAACGGCCGCUGUGAAAACACACCCGGGAGCUACCAAUGUGUCUGUCGCCACGGUUACAAGCUCCAGAACAACACCUGCACAGAUGUAGAUGAGUGUGCGGAGCCGUCUCAGUGUCCCGGUCAGAUGUGUGUGAACACGGUGGGAUCGUACCGCUGUGUGUCCUGCCGACCAGGAUACACACUCAUCAACAGACAGUGUUCAGACGUGAAUGAGUGUGAGGACGGAGAGUCUUGUCCCGGUCGGCAGUGUGUGAACACUGACGGAUCUUUCAGCUGCACGGACUGUCAGCAGGGCUACCACAGUGUCAACGGACUGUGUGCAGAUGUGGAUGAGUGUGUCCAGGCCUCUCAGUGUCCCGGUCAGCAGUGUGUGAACACUGUUGGAUCGUACCACUGCGUAUCCUGUCAGCAGGGAUACAGCAGCAAGGAUGGCUUCUGCCACGAUGUAGACGAGUGUGCGAGCGUCGGGGCGUGCGACGCAGGCCGGGUUUGUGUCAACACCAUCGGCUCCUUCAGGUGUAACUGUCCACCCGGGUAUCGAACCUCCGGCCUGGGCAGACAGUGCAGAGACAUUAACGAGUGUUUGGAGGGGGAUUUCUGUUUCCCCAGAGGAGAGUGUGUGAACUCUCCGGGCUCCUACACAUGUGUGUGUUCUCAGGGAUUCACUCUGACCGACAACAGGACGGCCUGCAUCGACGUGGACGAGUGUGUGAAGUCGGGUGUUUGUUUGGACGGUCGCUGUGUGAACACUGAAGGCUCCUUCCAGUGCCAGUGUCAAACUGGCUUCACCACCAACCCAGAGGGGACCGCCUGCCUCGAUGUUGAUGAGUGCGUCUCGUCCCACGGCUCAGUGUGUGCGUCACAGCGGUGUGAGAAUACGAUUGGCUCGUACCGCUGCCUAACUUCCUGUGAGCCGGGCUACCAGGUCACACAGAGCGGCAGCUGCGUGGAUGUGAAUGAAUGUGCCAAUGAGACUAUGUGUGGAGACCACGCCGUCUGUAACAACCUGAGAGGAACCUACCAGUGUGUGUGUGACCGGGGCUUUAGCUCCGUCGCCGACGGGAAGGCCUGUGUGGACGUGGACGAGUGUGUGAAGUCGGGUGUUUGUUUGGACGGUCGCUGUGUGAACACUGAAGGCUCCUUCCAGUGCCAGUGUCAAACUGGCUUCACCACCAACCCAGAGGGGACCGCCUGCCUCGACGUGAAUGAAUGUGCCAAUGAGACGGUGUGUGGAGACCACGCCGUCUGUAACAACCUGAGAGGAACCUACCAGUGUGUGUGUGACCGGGGCUUUAGCUCCGUCGCCGACGGGAAGGCCUGUGUGGAUUUGGACGAGUGUGUGUCUCUGCCGGGUGUGUGUGGCUCUGCUCGCUGUGAGAACGUGGAGGGAUCCUUCAUGUGUGAGUGUGACCGAGAGGGAGAGGAGUACGACACCAGCAGCCAGCGCUGUGUCAACACGGCACCACAAGCAGAGACAGCCCCCACCUACCCCUCCAUUUCCUUUUCCUCCUCCGACGUCAGUGUGGUGAGGCUGCUUCCGGGGCUGCCCCCCCUCCCGCCGGCGCGUCCAGGUGAGCUGAGGGAGUGCUACUACAACCUGGCGGAGCAGGGGGCCUGCAACGUGCUGGCUGUCAACACCAGCCAGCAGGAGUGCUGCUGCACGCUGGGCGAGGCCUGGGGGCUGGGCUGCCGGUUCGACGCCUGCCCCCCCGCAUACACAGCCGAGUAUCUGUCUCUGUGUCCCAGUGGGAGGGGAUACGUUAAUACUGGACCUGGAGCCUUCAGCUACACCGAUGUGGACGAGUGUAAGCGUUUCCAUCCAGCGGUGUGUAAGUUUGGAACGUGUGUCAACAACAUCCCCGGAUAUGAAUGCUACUGCCCCAACGGAUACAUCUACGACAGCACAAUGCUGGAGUGUGUCGACCAUAAUGAGUGUGAGGAGGAGAGUUGUGUGGGAGGACAGUGUGUGAACACGGUGGGUUCCUACUACUGCCGCUGUCCGUCUCCUCUGGUGCUGGACGACACGCAACGCAACUGUGUCAACUCGUCCCACCUCACUGUGGAUGAGAACCUGUCUUUGUGCUGGCAGCAAGUCACCGCAGACCUGGUGUGUCAGAGUCCUCUGCUCGGAGCUCAGGUUACCUACACGGACUGCUGCUGUCUGUACGGAGAGGGCUGGGGGAUGGAGUGUGCCCUCUGCCCCCCCACCGACUCCGAGGGCUACUCCUCUCUGUGCAGCUCCUUCCUCCCUGCGUCCUCCCUCUCCGGAGGAGAAACCGGAGCGAGACCAGGAGCCGGACGAGUCCGCGGGGGAGCGGGUCCUCCGUACCUCCCCCCCUACAGUACCGACUCCUUCCCUGACUACGAGGACUACUCUGCAGGGGGCGGCAGCAGGACGGCCUUCAGAGGGAGGACACCGGACGGAUCCUACGGCAGGCAGGAGUACAGCACCGGUUACUACCCUGAAGGAGACUUUGGCCCCCCCGAUGCCGACCCCCGGGCCGAGAGGGGGUUCGAGGCGCGGCCUCCCCCUCCGGCCUGGCCCGACGCACCCCCUCUCAACCUGGCGCCCUACCCAGUGGAGCUGCAGCCGGACACAGAGGACGCUGAGGAGCCGUGGAGGCAGGGCCCGCCGUUCACUGAGAGGGGAGGAGGGGGGGCCCCGCGCAGGGUCUAUGAGAGGCGUUACGAGUCCUACGCCGGCCUGGGCACAGCAGAGGAUUGUGGGAUUCUGCACGGCUGUGAGAACGGCAGGUGUAUUCGCGUUGCCGAGGGCUACACCUGUGACUGUUACCAAGGAUACGAACUGGACAUGACCUCCAUGACGUGUAUAGAUGUAAACGAGUGUGAGGACAACGUCGGCGUGGGCUUCCCGUGUGUGAACGCUCGCUGUGUGAACACAGAAGGCUCGUUCCGCUGCGUCUGCCGGAGAGGAUACGUCAUGUCCCGCAGACCCAACCACUGUGUGGCUGCGUAGACCGGACCGGGCUCGAUCAGACCAGUACGAACUGGUCUUGGGAUGCACAACGGCAGACUGGGCCAGACUAGAUUAGACUACACCGGUUUGAGCUUUACUAUAACGGGUCUCUCUCGAUUGAAGACCAACUUAACACCCCGUUUUAGCUUCUACAACUUCUCCAUGUCCUCGCAAUCACGACUCCAUUUCUGUGUUUAUGUGUCGGUAAUUAACAUGACAUUGUGUCGUAGUUUUGGGGGGGGGGGGGCGUGGUUUCUCAAAAACAUUGCAGAUUUUUGGUUUUUAAAGGAUAGAAUUUCUUUGUUUUCUUUGGAAACACUUCAGAUUGGGCCCAGGCUCAAUUGAGAGUGUAAUGAAGUGACUGCACGCAUGAUUAACCAGCU